AUGCCAGUCGAUAUCCCGUCGACGAGGUCAGUGACAGAGCAGGUGAUGCCAGUCGAGGAUUUACCCGAGAUUUUCAACUCGCUUGACACGAUUGGUGAUGGGAAGAUCUUUGUGGAUCAGCUUGGCACAUGUCUUCGUGUUGCCGGACUUACCCCCACUGAGGCGAUUCUCGUAAAGAUGACUAAACAAUGGGCUGAAAAUUCGGAAGCUCGCCUUUCCGUACAGGAUGUCACCCCGAUCUAUACAAAUGUGAAAAAGGAAAUGGGCACCGAUGCUGCGUUCGAGACGAUUCACGCGUGUCUCUCGCAUUUCGAUCGCGAGGGAAAUGGCACCAUCACUCAUGCAGAUCUCCGAUACAUUUUAUGCUCGUCUGGUGAGCGUCUAUCGGAUCGCGAACUCGAGCAGAUUAUACAGGGUUUCUUUGCCGCUGAUGAGAGUAAUGUGAGCAUCACCGAACUCGUUAAACACAUUCAAUCACUU